AUGUUUGAACAAUAUGUAACAUUUUAGAACAAUGGUUUAAAUGAUAAAGAACAUUUUGUAUGACUAAAGAAUUUAAUUGAAAAAAAAUAUCUAUAUUAUAAAAUUAUAAGCAAUUACAAUCUUCAGCAUGGAUGACAAAUACCGAGCAAAAUUAGAAAAUUUAGUAAAAGAAAAAAAAUAUUUGGAAUUACAAGGAUUUAAAAAUAUUAUUACAUUUAUUGGUAGAAAUUGUGUUUCUGAUCAAUUAUUGGACAUUUUUUUAGAGUAUCUCAAAAUCUAUCCACAACAAAUAUUUCUUAUUCCAAAAAAACUAUUCAUUCAACUUUUAUCAAAUAGCGGAAAAUCAUUACAUCCUUUAGUUUUGUUUUUGGCAUCACAACAUGAUUAUAUUGAUUAUGACUUGAAUUUGGACAAUUUACCAGAAGAAAAAUGGUCUUAUCUUAUGUCAGCUUUUUAUGAAAAAUUUCCACUUAUGACAUGUGAUCCUAUUAUUGUUUUAAAAAUAAAAAAUAAAAUAGAUACUUAUAAAAUGUUAAUAGACAGUCCACAAUGGUUUAAUGAAAAUGGUGAUUUCUUCAUGGGAUUACAUGCUAUUGAAUUUGAUGAAGAUGAAUGCGAUGAAUUGUUCACUAAAUUAAAAACAAAUUGGUCAAUAUUUAAAAUAACAAAAGCAGCUGUUUCUUUUGUAGAUUUAGUAGCAUCUAAAUGUAAUAAAGAGUCAGAAUUUAUUCAGUUUCUUAUCUCUACUCUUUUCUCUCUGCCUCCUGAAAAUGAAAAUGUUGAUUGGUUAUCUAAUCAAAUUAUUAAUAAUUUUAAAUUGUUAGAAACUCUCAGUCCAUUAGAAAUAAGUGAUUGGGAUGCUUUAACUAUUAAAGCGGUUAAAUGUGGAUUAAUAGAAAAUGAUCCUGAAUAUGGUUUCAUUAGAGUUUUCAGGAAAUUAAUUAAAAAAGCAAAUAUUGAUAAAUCAGUUGUUUCCAAAUCUUUUGAAUUACUUGCUGGCUAUUCACAAUUUACUAAUAUAAUGUUAAAUCGGGAUGCUAAACAGAUUCAAAAAGAAGAAGUAUUAAGAUUAAUUUUUACAUUAGUUAAAAAGGAGCCAUCUAUAAUGGCUCUAAGUCAUAUUCCACUUUUUCUUUGUUCAUACAAUGCAUCAUUAUCAGUGACUGAUCAAAUAUUAUUAAAAAUUCUUGCUUAUUAUGAAGAAAAUAAUAUACCAAUGUCUAACUAUAGACCUUACUUGUGGGGAUCAUUUGCUGUCUCACAUUAUCAAGUAAAAAACCACUUAACAUCAAAAACGUUACACAGUUUUCCUUCUACAACUGAAGUGCUUUCUUACAUACCAUUUAAAAGACUGAAAGAAACAAUAUCAUGUUUUCCAGUUAAUAGAUCUUUGUGUGUAAAAAAUGAAAAAAUUAUACGUUACAACCCAAGUAACUCUCAAGAUCCAAGUAAAAUGUUUGAUCCCUCAUUUUUUUUGCCAAUGAUCAGUAGUUUGUUAGCUACCGAAGCCCCAUUAAGUAUAGAAAAAUUUAAUACAAGUGGAUGCCUGUCAAUGGUAUUGGUAUGUUUAGGUAGUUGUGAUUGCAGUAUGCGGGCAGCCGCAUAUCAUGUGUUGACAUUAUUGCGAUCUCAUUUAUUUUGUAGAAGAGCAGAAAAUAUGUUUUGGGAUUAUUUUCUUAGUUGGGUUGCACAUGGCAUUCAACACUUACAUUUACAGCCUCCUCCUCAACUACCAAUGAUUUCAGCAAUGUUUUUAAGUAGAAUGGUAUUAGCUAUGGCUAAUCAUGAAAAGGCUGUAGAAGCCACUUGCGCUAAAGUACUGUUAGCUCGUCCUGUUGCUCAACUCAAUUAUGUUCCUGAAUUGAAAAAAUUUUUAACAGCAAUGCUUCCUAUUAAAGAUAAAUCACUAAGCAUGAUCUGGGUUUUUGAAAUAAUUCGAGAUGGCAUACAUACUAAUUCUGACUGGAAUACUCUACGUUUAAUGGACAUAUUCAAUAUAAUUUUAUUUAUGUUUAGAAGUUCUAAUGAAAAGUUUAAGGUAUUAGUUUUGAAAAUUAUGGAGUCUUUAUUUCGUGUUCAACCUGCAACUAAAGGAGGCACUGGUCCUUGGGCUAUAAGUAUAAUGAUAGCAGUAGAUAAAUGUCCAUCAAAAUUAUCUCCUGAAGUAAUCAUCGGGACAUUUCGAUGUUUACAAUCAUUAACUAAUAGCUCAUUUAUAAGCAUUUUUGUGGUUGACUUUUGGCUAUCCAUAUUUUUGAAGUACGGAGAGAAUGCUGAUAUUUGUUCUGAAGGCUAUAUUACAUUAAAUAGCCUUAUUUCCAAAUAUAAAAAUGUGUUUCAAUUGUUCAAUAAUGAAAAUUUAGAAGAAAUAAUAGAUCGUGGAGCUGAGUCAAAGGUUUUAUCUGAUGAUGAAGUAUUUAAAUGUAGGUCUGUUUUACUUUAUGGUAUUAAAGGUAUUAAAAUUAAAGAACCAAAUCCAUAUUUACUUUUACCAGUCUUGGUUAAAAUAUUGAAAGCAGAAUGAAUUUUCAAUAAAGAUUUCACAUUAAUUUAAUUUUUUAUG